GAAACUACCACAAUAAAAAUAAAAAUAAAAAAUAAAAUUAAAUUACAGUCUCUCCUCUUACCUUUAGCUUAGUGCGUCGCGAUUUAUCGUCCAUGGCGAAACCAAGCCGUGGCCGUUGCUCUCCUUCCCUCUCUGGGUCAUCUUCUCGUUCCAGCUCCAGAUCUCAUUCCAGGUCUCUUUCCUGUUCUAGAUCGCUCUCUUCAUCUCCUUCGCGGAGCGUCAGUUCUGGGAGUCGCAGUCCUCCACCUCGUGGAAAAAGUUCUGCUGGGCCUACUAGACGAGGUCGCUCUCCUCCGCAGUUUAAAGGAGCCUCUUCACCCUCUAAGAAAGCCGCACCUGUGCAAGAAUCUCUGGUGCUCCAUGUUGAUUCUCUUAGCAGGAAUGUGAACGAAGGCCAUCUCAAAGAAAUAUUUGGCAACUAUGGUGAAAUUCUACACGUUGAACUUGCAAUGGAUCGAGCUGUUAAUCUUCCAAAAGGAUAUGCUUAUGUUGAAUUCAAGGCAAGAGCUGAUGCUGAGAAAGCUCUUCUGUUUAUGGAUGGUGGACAAAUUGAUGGAAGUGUUGUUAAAGCAAAGUUUACACUACCACCGCGUCAGAAACUAUCUCCACCCCCUAAACCUGUCUCAAGUGCACCAACGAGAGAGGCUCCAAAAUCCGGUGCUGACAUUGAGAAAGAUGAGCCCAGGCGCUCAAGAGACACUUCUCCACGGAAAACAGUACUGUCUCCAAGAAGGCGAUCACCACUACCUAGAAGAGGCGCAUCACCUAAGAGAUUACCUGAUUCUUCCCCUCGCCGAAGGCCGAGCCCUCCUAUCCGCCAUCGUGGUGAUACACCACCCAGACGCAGGGCAGCAUCGCCAUCUAGAGGCCGUUCUCCAUCUUCUCCCCCUCCAAGAAGACAUAGAUCUCCUCCAAGGGGCUCCCCUAGAAGAAUCCGUGGCUGUCCUGUUCGAAGACGGUCUCCUCCUCCUCUAAGGCGAAGAUCACCUCCAAGGAGACUACGCAGUCCUCUCAGAAGAUCUCCAAUCCGCAGACGUAGCCGAUCCCCAAUUCGUAGGCCUGGUCGCUCUCGCUCAAGGUCCAUCUCACCCCGCAGGUAUGUUUUAACCAAUUUAAAGUGUUAUUGGGGUUAUCGUUGAUCUCUCCGGGAUUUUAUUUGGUUUCAGUUUCAUAUCUGAGAUAGUACAUAUGACAUGUUUUUUAAUCUUGCAUAAGUUACGAGUAUAUUUAAGUUCUUACGUUGUGUAAUCCUUGUAUGUUGGUUUGUGACGAAUUGAUACCAAAUAUGACUAAGCUAUAUAGAUCUAUGUGGAGUCUGUCAUUGGUGUAAAUUUGUCUUUCAUUACAAGCAGAGGACGAGGUCCAGCUGGGAGACGUGGAAGGUCAUCUUCUUACUCUAGUUCGCCAAGUCCCAGAAGGGUUCCAAGGAAGAUCUCGAGGAGCCGCAGUCCUAGGAGGCCACUGAGAGGAAAGAGAAGCAGCAGUAACAGCAGCAGCAGCGGCUCACCGCCUCCUCGCAAAACAUAAUGUAAUAAAAGAAUAUUAAAGAAAACGAAAUUUCUCUUCUAGCUCGUCUCCAUCUCCCAUUCACCGCCAUCUUAUAGUGGCUUUGUAGUUCUUAUAGUGUUGGAUAUUUUAAGCUUCUUUUGGGUCAGUAGUCUUAUGAGUAAAGAAGACACUCUUUGAUGUUUCUCAUGUUAAAAAGCAAAGAGAGCCUGUUGAAAUGUAAUAAAUGGGUGAAGGUCCUCAGCUGCACAACCAUAAAUUUACUAGAUCAAGACCAUUUUCCUUUGCAGGUCUACCUUUACCU